AUGGGCGUCGCCGACGAGGCUUCCUGCUGGUGCUGGCGGGACCCGGUGACGGCCGCACCGGUGACGACCGAACCGGUGACGGCAUGGGGAGUCUGUUGUGCCUCGCCAUCCUCGCUGCCGGAGGAGUCGACGCGCAAGGGGAGCGGCCGGGUCGGUGCGGCGGCCGUCGGGCGAUGGUGGGAGGACGAGGCCGAGGAGGAGGACGAGGUGAAGGCGGACGAGGAGGGCGGCGGCACGAAGGCGGCCUGGCUCAAAGGCGCGGCCAGGACGGCGGGAAAGCCGGCGGCGGCGCGGCUCGGACGCCUCGACGAUGCCGACGCUGGUCCAGACUGCAUUGUCGCGGAUGCUGGCCGGUCUCGUCACAUCUUGAAGCGGGCAGAGCGGAUGUCUGCCAGCACUGCGUCGUCUCGCACCGGACGGCUCGACCUUGAGGAUGCCCGCCCGCUUGCUCGUGCGCAACUCGCCGCGUGGACGGAUGGAAUCGAACGACGUGUGCUUCCGCCCGAGGUGGCAGGACGAGGGCGAGGAGCCUAUGGACGGCUCAGCGGGACGCUCGACGAAGCAGGCAGAGCAUGUAAGGGAGGCUCGAGCAGCCGAGUCGAGGCGAGUCCAAUGGACGGGUGCGUUUGA